AGACGACCAGACGGUGUCCGGCGCGCGCGGACGCGACCUUGUGUAACGUGUCGUUCUGCAGCUAACAGAUAAACGAUUUUUCUCCUCGCCGAUAAAUCUCGUCCUGUGUCCACGACGUAAUAUUGCGUUCGUCACGUUGCUGGAAACCACGCAGUUUCCGCGGUGACGACGACGACGACGAUCGGCCACCAGUGCCGGCGUCGCUCCCACUCAGAGGCCGACGUGAGCCGCGAAUAAAUAUCACGAUCUUCCGGACACGUUCGUCUAAUUGCGAAUAGAUACCCGAGAUCGUGCAAGGAUGUGGUUCCGUCCGCUGGCCCUGCUGCUUCUGGUGUGCUGCUGCCACUUCGCCGCCGCCUCCAAGAGGAUAAGAGUGGACGGCAAGUCUUACACGGUGUCGGCGUAUCCGGAGGACUGCAGGAAAUACGUGAUGUGCAGCGAGGGCAAGUGCAAGCUGGAGACGUGCGAGCCCACCUACGUCUUCGACCCGGUCACCUCCACCUGCACUCACCGGGCGCGCGGCUCCGCCAACUGCGACUUCAAGCUCUCGCGGAAAUCGCGUCACGGCUGAGAUCGCCCAUCAUGUGCACCGCGAAUGUAUAUGAAGAGCUCAAAUAAAACGUUGCGUUGCAACUAACAACAACAA